AAGCCGCGCCGCUGCGUGUUGUUGUUGUGUUCGUCAAAGCAAGUUCCCAGCGAAGGCAGCGACGUAAGACUCAACUUUCUGGACUAAAAGUGUGGUGAAUUUGAAUAACGUGCUGCAGAACUGAAUGAAGUGCUGCCCCCUGCUGGACGGUAAAGUGCUGUCGCUGCUUCCAGGAUGGGCCAGCAAAUCUCAGGUCAGAUAAACCAUCUGCCUGAGAAGCUGGUGAAACAUGCUGGACUGGUCCGAGAGAGCGGCUACCUGACCUACGAGGAGUUCCUGGGCAGAGUAGCUGAGCUUAAUGACGUGACGGCCAAGCUGGCUGCCGGGCAGCAGAAGCACCUUCUGUUUGAGGUCCAGCCCGGUUCUGAUGCCUCGGCCUUAUGGAAGGUGGCCGUCCGGAUCGUCUGCACCAAGAUAAACAAGGAGAGCGGAGUGGUGGAGGCGUCUCGCAUCAUGAACCUGUAUCAGUUCAUCCAGCUGUACCGGGACAUCACCAGCCAGGCGGCUGAGGUUCUGUCAGCAGAGGGCGCCGUCAGGGGCUCGUCCGCCCAGCUGCCCUCCACCGACUCCUGCCAGGCCAGCAUGUGGAUGGGGAGGGUGAAGCAGCUGACCGACCAGGAGGAGUGCUGCAUCUGCAUGGACGGAAAGGCCGACCUCAUCCUGCCCUGCGCUCACAGCUUCUGUCAGAAAUGCAUCGACAAAUGGAGCGGCCGCAGCCGGAACUGUCCCAUCUGCCGGCUGCAGGUGACGGCCGCCGACGAUUCGUGGGUGAUGUCCGACUUCCCCUCAGAGGACGAAGUGGUCGGCUACAUCCUGAACCUGGCCGAUGAGGCGGGCCACCCACACCGGCCUUAACACACCGCACACAGUAAGGGAGGCUAGACCUUCACCUGAUUAAACUCACAGUGACACUUUGACUGGGGAGAUCUUUAUGUUCCACGUAAACGGCAACUAGUAGCGUCUUAUUUGUGUUUAAACGGCAGAUACCAAGUUACUGUACAAGGCCUCAAAUUCCCAGAAUGCCCUCUGCCAGCCUGAGUAUUCCUCCCUGUGUUCUGUGUUGUUCCAAACCGGACUGUGCUCCAUAACACACACACACACACACACACACGCACACACACACACACACACACACACACACACACACACACACACACACACACACACACACACACACACACACAUGCACGCCCUCACACAGCUCUGGUGAGAAGUUCACAUGUACCUGUCAUCAGCAUGAAUCAUUUUGGGCUUUUAAUGAUGAAUCUGAACUGGCUCAAAUAUACAUUCAGAUAUAACUCAUAUGAAUUCAUAUUCAGAAAUAGUUUGUGGAUCCCAAGUGGAAAUUAAAGGCACAGUAUUAUGUAAAAUUGACUCUUUUUAUUUUAGCAUUACAUCGUGUCAUAAUGUUAUGUUUUCAUCAAAAAUGUACCUGGAGGGUUACCUUGAUUCUUCUGUGCACAUUUGGUUGCCAUGGAGAUUCAAUGAUUUCUCAUUCAGCUGUGCAAAACGCCUGGGUGGACCUAGCCCCGCCUUCGACGA